UUAUUUCGUUAUUUUUUUUUUGUUUUUGUUGUUGUUGAUAUUUACGAUGAAUCGUAAAUCAAAUACAAAUGCAAUACAAUCAAAUAAUCAUAAUACUAAAACUAAUGUGAUAAUAAAUUCUUCUAGUCUGAAUUCAUCAAUGCCAAAAGUUGAUGGUUAUCAAUUGAAUCAUCUGAUUGGUAAAGGAUCAUAUGGUCAUGUUUUUCGUGCUGAAAAAAAGAUUUCACAUGAAAUUGUUGCCAUCAAAUGUAUACCACUAAAAUCAUUAUCGAAAAAUUCUCAUGACAAUAUUAUCAAUGAAAUAUCCAUAUUAAAACAAUUAAAACAUGAUUUCAUUGUGCAGAUGUUAGAUUUUCAAUGGGAUAAAGCAUUUGUUUAUAUGAUAUUUGAAUUUUGUCCCGGUGGUGAAUUAGCAUCGAUAAUUCGUUUGAAACGAAGUUUUCCCGAAGAAAUUGUUCAACAUUUUCUUCAACAAUUAGCCUCAGCAAUGAAAUAUCUACGUGAUAAUAAUGUUGCACAUCUGGAUCUUAAACCACAAAACAUACUUAUUACCGGUAUACAUUUUGUUCAAUUGUUAAAUGGUCUGAAUUCAUUUAAAGUUUGGCGUCAAGUAAUACUCAAAAUUGCUGAUUUUGGUUUUUCACAACAUUUAACCAAUGAUGAAAGUGUCGAUUCAUUACGUGGUUCACCAUUAUAUAUGGCACCAGAAAUAUUUAAACGACAAAAAUAUGAUGCACGUGUUGAUCUUUGGUCGAUAGGUAUUAUCCUUUAUGAAUGUUUAUUUGGUCGUACACCAUUACAUGGAAUGUCAAUGUCGGAAAUUGCACAAGCAUAUCAACGAAAUAAAGUGCAUAUUGAAUUUCCUAAAAAUAAAUUAUCCGAACUUUGUUAUGAUCUUCUUAAUGGACUACUCAGGAUUGAUCCAGAAAUGCGUAUAUCAUUUGGAAAUUUUUUCUCACAUCCAUUUAUUGAUCUUGAACAUAUGCCAAUGGUGGAUUCAUUUAAAAAGGCAAAAAAUAUUAUAGCCAAAGCAAUUGAUUUUGAAACUAAAAGCGAAUAUAAAUCAGCUUUUUAUAAUUUUCGUGAAGCAUUAUUAUAUCUAAUGCCUUUAUAUCGAUGGGGUUUACCAACACAGCCGAUUUCGGUGAAAAAACAAGAACAACUUCGAAAAAUGAUUGUUGAAAAUAUGGAAAAAGCAGAAAAAUUACAACAAAAAUGUGGUAUUGUUAAUAUUGAUACAAAAUUAUUACAAGAAAUUCAAUCAAUUUAUAAUCAUAUUGAUCGUGCACGUGAUUUUGCAUCAAAAAAUCUAUAUUCCGAAUCAUUGGAUAAAUUUGAAUUAGCUUUUGAUAAAUCAUUAAAAAUUAUAAAAGAAAAUGAUUCAAAAAUACGUAAUGAAUUUUUUGGUGAAAUUAAUGAAUGGAUGACCGAAGCUGAAACCGUAAAAGCAAAAUAUUUAGCCGAACAACAACAGCAAACAUCAUCGAAAGAAAUUGCGAAAGAAGAAAAAAUUUUUGUUGCACAAGAAGCAAUUGAAUUGUAUCAUAAUGAUACAAAAUCAUCAACAACAGAUUCAAAACCAGAUUGGUAUCUAAAACUGAAAGAACCAGAAAAAUCAAAUUUAUCUGGACAUUCCAAAUUAUUGAUACAUAAAAAAGUUGAUGAUAGAAAAUUAGAUAAAACUAAUGAUGAUAAUGAUAAUGAUAAUGUUGUUGAUAAU